AGCGCAGAUCUCCGGCGAAUACUACAACUCCCAGCGUAUUCUUCUCCAGAGGGAAAACAGUGCCCGAGAAGCUCGCUUUUCGCAAUGCAUCCUGGGGCUUGUAGUUCUUCGAGCAAAGCUUGUCAUUUGCCUUGGUUUCUGAUUCCCUCAGGACAGGAGCUGGGGAGCUUCUCCAGACCCAGAAGAACGUGAUGCGCGGGCGUUGGGCGCUCUGUAAAGCUAGGGUGGGAGGGAGCGCGUAACCUUGCGAGGAGUGAUUGGGCAGUCGUGGAGAGCUUUCUUACCCCCCCCCCCGACUCCCACCCCUAAUUCCCAACACCUCCCCUCAGUUGAGCUUGGAUAGCGGAGGGGAGGGGGGCUUCCGGUGCGGACGGCGCAUGUGCCCAACCCUGGGGCCGCCGUGACUGUGGAAUGUUUUGGGGCUGUCAGUGAAGGGAGAGAAGGAAGCUGAGCCAGAGAUCGCGCCGGGCUAGGCUCGAACCUGAGCGGCAGCUGGAGCCGGAGCCCGAGCGGGAGCCCCUCCCCCCUUCCCUUUCCCCCUCCCGCCGCGCGCACCCCGUCCCCCGCUGCCUCCGCGAGCCGUCCCGAGGGCUCAGUGCUGGGGAAGAGGAGGUGGCGGCGGCGGCAGCGGCUGCCCCAGCGGCUGCCCCCGUGCGCUCUGGGACCAAGCUUGCGGAGGAGCCGCCGCGAACGGCCCGUCCCCGCCGUGGCGUCGUCCGCGUCGUCCUCGCCGUGGUCCUCGGUCUCCCUGUCUCCCUGUCUCCCUUGGGCAGCCGGUCCUCGGGGGGCGCCGCCACUGCCGCCUCCUCCGGGGGCGGGGGCGGGCGAGAGCCGGCGGAGGCGAUGAUGAACAGGUUCCGAAAGUGGCUGUACAAGCCCAAGAGGUCAGAUCCACAACUUCUUGCUCAGUUCUACUAUGCAGAUGAAGAGUUAAAUCAAGUUGCUGCUGAAUUGGACAGCUUGGAUGGAAGAAAAGAUCCACAGAGAUGUACGUUACUAGUCAACCAGUUUCGUUCAUGUCAGGAUAAUGUGUUAAACAUUAUAAAUCAGAUAAUGGAUGAAUGCAUUCCAAGUGAUCGAGCAAAUCGGGAUUUUUGUGUUAAGUUCCCAGAGGAGAUACGUCAUGAUAAUCUGGCUGGCCAGCUUUGGUUUGGAGCAGAGUGCUUGUCUGCAGGUUCAAUUAUCAUGAAUCGUGAAAUAGAGAGCAUGGCUAUGAGGCCACUAGCUAAGGAUCUGACGCGUAGCUUGGAAGAACUUAGAAACCUCAUUCGGGACCAAGCCUUAAGAGAUUUAAAUAUUUAUACUGAAAAAAUGAAAGAGUCUCUCAAACAUUUUGAUGUCCUAUUUGCUGAAUUUGAGUUGAGUUAUGUCUCAGCCAUGGUACCAGUAAAGUCGCCAAAAGAAUAUUAUGUACAACAGGAGGUAAUCGUGCUUUUUUGCGAAACAGUGGCGAGAGCUCUAAAGCUUGGAUACCUCACUCAAGACAUGAUUGAUGACUAUGAACCAGCAUUAAUGUUUACAAUUCCAAGAUUAGCCAUUGUAUGUGGGCUUGUAGUUUACUCUGAAGGACCUUUGAACCUGGACCGUAAGGCAGAAGAUAUGUCUGAGCUGUUCAGACCCUUCCACACUUUGCUAAGAAAAAUAAGAGAUCUACUGCAAACAUUGACUGAAGAAGAACUACACACACUUGAACGGAAUCUUUGCAUAUCCCAAGAUAUGGAGUUCUCUGUCAGAACAGAUCCUGAAGUGCCCUCUGUCAUUGCGCCCACUUUAGCUGCAACUUUCCCUCCUGAGCAGCUUUCUGUCACAGCAGAAAAUACAGAGGCCGAAUUAGCCUGCUCAAUGCAAUAUGAUGAACAGGAGCUGGAACAGCUCAAUCAGAUGGUUCACAGGGUAGGAGAUGAAAUGUCCUCUCUCCUUUCCCCACCCAGUGUGUGCCAGUCACCAGCACACAGAGCUGGCCUAAGAAACAACUCGAGCACAGAGGCCUCACCAAGAAGGUCAAAUCUUGAGCAUUUAAAUGAUGAUGAGGACAGAGUCUUUUUUAUGGAUGAUCUUGAUGGAAUAGGAGAAUCCCUUUCUAGGCCAGAGUCAGGUAGUGAAACUUUGGUUUGGGUCAACAGCACUUGUCAGGAUCUGCCAAAGGAAAGGGACACUCAGAAUUCAGAGAGCAGGGAAGCAGGAAAUGGUUUACUCACAGAAGAAAUGGAAAGUGAUUUGAGCAAUAACAAUAAUAUUGAAGAAAGCAAAAUGCAGAAAAUUGGGCUCUCCAUCCAGAAUUCUUGCAGUUGUUUAGAUACACAGUUAUACCUCAAUGGCUGGGAUAUGAAUGCUGAGGAUGCAGAAACAGCAGAAAUAAUAGCCCAUCGGACUGGUGGAAUGAAGAUCUCUGCUACUGUCAUAUUUAAUCCUAAAUCUCCUACUUCUUCUGAUUCACCUGUAAGUACACCAGAGGUACCGAGUGAUUGUGUUACUGUACCCAACUCAAGAGCCAACGAAGAGGAAAAUGAAUCCCAUCAGCUCAGCAUUGCCGCCACCAACUGUCUCAUUAAUUCGUGUGUGUGUUGUGGUAGCUGUGAGGACAACAGGGAGGAUAAUGUAGAAAGAUUAAAGACUAAAUGUGCUCCAGGAAAAGUUAUAAAAAAUGCCUCUUAUAGUCUAGUCAAGUCUAAAGAAAAGGACCACAUAGAUAGGUCGGCUAAUUCAGCAUCCGCUCCAGAGACACUAAAAACUGAAACUGUCCCUACAGACAGAGACUGUGACCAGCCAGAACCUAAACGCUCUCAUUCCUCCAAGUGCCUGGCACAGAACUCAGGUUCACAAGUGGAAAGCGAUGAUGGGCCACGCGUCGAAGGGGAUGUGUCAAGUCAGCAGAAACAGCAUGAAAAAAGAAGACAGCCAAGUGAAAAGCAGUCAGAGACCAGAAAGCAAAGUAGAAGCAAAAGGACAGGCAAAGAAGGAGUAAAAGCAAGGCCUAGUUCCAGGCGACAACAGCGCUGGACCCCUAACCUUUCACUGAAGUUAAUCUUCAUCCUCACUUUCAUCACCAUCAACAUCAAGACAGGCCCCUGUUCAUCGGAAGGCCCUGACCAGGAGGAGAUCCAGCUGGCCUUACAGGCUGCGAAAAGGGCUACGAGGGAAAAGAUCAGAUCCAGGUUUCACAGCAGCAGUGACCUCAUCCACCGACUUUUUGUCUGCAUAUCAGGUGUCGCUGAUCAACUGCAAACAAAUUACGCAAGUGAUUUACGAAGUAUUCUUAAGACCUUAUUUGAAGUUAUGGCAACUAAGCCAGACACAGAAGAUGGGGAAAAGUUAAAGAAAGUAAAUCAGAAUUUAAGAAGUGCAGCUCUGGAAGACUGUGCCCUUUGCCAGGAAACAAUAUCUUCUUCUGAACUUGCAGCAAAGGCAAGAGAUGGAGAUUUUGAAGAUCCUCCUGAAUGGGUACCAGAUGAAGCCUGUAGCUACUGCACAGCAUGCAAAGCACCUUUCACUGUCAUUCGGAGGAAGCACCACUGUAGGAGCUGUGGCAAGAUUUUCUGUUCCCGCUGCUCUUCCCACUCUGCGCCGUUACCUCGUUAUGGUCAGAUGAAACCUGUCCGUGUUUGCACUCACUGUUACAUGUUCCAUGUCACGCCAUUUUACAGUGACAAAGCUGGUAUUUGACAUAUUACACUAGUGAUCUAUUUAAUGGAGUCAUACAUGGACUAAAAUUCUAUGUGACUUAAGCCAAGAAUUAACUGGAAAGAAGGCCCUUGUCAGGAACAUGUAGGCUUUAAGCAUCCAUCAUAAUAUAUUUUGUACAGAUGGUUUUUAUUGCAUUUUCCUAAGCUGCUAAAGGGAACCAUGGGGAGCCUAUAGCACUGGGGCUGCAAUAGUCUUCCACACAUUUCUAACAUGAACAUGAUGAUGCCAUAUGAUAUGGGAGACACACACUUACUGAAAAGAGAGGGGGUCCCUGUUUAAGCUACCAAGGCUUGCAUUGCUGCCCGUCUCCCAAACACACAUUUGUGUCCUCCUUAUAGUAAACCAAUUCCAAACUGCUCACUGGCUUCUGACAGACGUUUUCUUCCUUUUGCUGGCUAGCCUUUUUAGUCAAUACACUCUGGCCAAACGUUACCAGAUUCACACGGGAUAUUUACAGAGGCAAAGUUAUCUUUGAAGCAAAGAGGAAGCUCUUGAGUUUCCAGAGCUGUUCCUUGCUGUUGCCUUUUGUUUGGGAAUCAUAGCAAUAACUCUGAUGCUCUACUCUUUUAUUAUUACCUUGUUUUGCAUGGGGUGGGUAUUUUUGAGGAUUCAUUAUAUCUGAUACCAUUUCUUCCACCUCUUGGUUGUUUGAAAAAAUGAGAAUAAAUAUGAGAGUUUUAUUUAUAUCAUUAAUAACAAUAAUAAAGAAUAAAUGCCAAGGGCAUUGGUAAUUGGGGUGAAAGUUCAGUACAAAAUACUUCUUUUUAUUUUUGGAAGUUUUGCAAAACAAGGGCACUGUUAUAUGUGGGGCUGUUUAUGAAACCAAAAAUAUUUAAAAGACAGAUAUUCAGACUGUCCAUUUUUAUUCAAAAAGGCCUAAACAUUUACUUACACUUUAGGGAUGCAAAACCUGCAAUAUAUCAUUUAUGGCAUAAUUUUAUAAAUCAUUUCUUAGUCACUUAUUUUUCAAUCAGAUGCAGGCCUGUCUUAGGAGAAUGUGUUUAAACUAGUAGGAAAAUAACUUGUUGUCCAAAGGGGAAAAUACACACAGUAAGUGAUUUUUUGUACAGUAAGAGGUUUAUUUUCCAAAGUAUCUGCCCUAAGUUUACCUACCAGUAGAGUGAAGAAUUUGCCUUUACCAGACUCCAGAUUUUGCUUUCUUCGACAUCCACACUGACAUGCAGUAUUUCAUCACAAAAGACGCGGAGAGUUGACAAGAAAACUGCGUGUUCUUUCCUUCAGAAAAGGAUCUUACUCGGCAAGGCAGACAACGCUGGUCCCUUUCCACGGUUUUCUGCCCCAUGCAAACUGAUCAGAUAAGAUUCCCAGGUUUUCUUGGUUUCUUAGUUCUGUUGUCAUUUGUAUAACAUGGAACCCGCAUGGCGUCAGGCAUAAGAAAUGCACUCGAGUGCUCAGUGCAGUGUUAGUCAUGUUAUCAUGUCUGCUCGUGGAUUUCAUUUUGUUUCCGUUUUGUACUUUCCCUUACCCAGUCCUAAAGAGGGGAUCUCAGUGAUGGCCCCAGUUUUUUUGGCUCAGCAUGAUGCAGGUCUCUCAUGCCAACAGGAAAACUGAGGAGUAUGGUACCAAACAGUGAUACCUAUUCAGGCUUCAAUCUCAGGCUUCACAUUGCAAUGAUUAUUGCAGUUUUAUUUUUGAGAAAUGACAAAUCUAAUGCUUCUUUUAUAGGAUUAAUAAAUAAAUAAAAUUUAACUGUGACAUUAACAUGCACAAAAGUUCCUUCUUCUGUAAAAAAAAAAAGUCUUAUUUGAUGGAGUGAAUCUUAUUUAUUCCAGCUUAUUUUUAUUCUGUAAAUGCUGUAAUUCAAAAUCAUUUACAUAUAUAUGUACAUAUAUAUAUAUGGGUCUCAGACACUAUAGUUUCUUAUGUAAAUACAGACUCCUAUUUCUUUUACUGAAAAGCACAAUGAUUCUAUAUCAGUACUAAUAUGCAUUUGUCUCAGAGAAGACUUUGAUCUUAUGAUCAUCUCUUCAGAUAAUUAAAAGGUCAGGACUUUCUACUUCCA